UCCAGAAGAAGCAGCUACCUUCUCCUGCACAGACAUGGCUCCCUGCUCGACCAACUACUCCUCUAUUCAUCACAUCAGGAUCUCUGAGAAAGACAACAUUAAAAUGAGAAAACCUGUUGUGGAGAAAAUGCGCAGAGAUCGCAUCAACACUUGCAUUGAACAGCUCAAAGCCAUCCUGGAAAAGGAGUUCCACCAGCAGGAGCCCAACUCCAAGCUGGAGAAAGCCGACAUCCUGGAGAUGACUGUGAGUCUCCUAAAGCAGCAGUUUCAGCCAGGCCUGUGUCAGAGCGACUACAGCCAAGGCUUCCCCUUUUCACAUCUGCAAGGCCUCCAGCAGCAGCAGCAGCUGCACAGAUCCAGCAGUUCCUCCUCAGUCUGCUCCACCCUCAGGCCCACCAUGCUGCAGGACAGCAGCAGCAGCAGCAGCGGCAGAAGCCCAGUGUGGAGGCCUUGGUAGAGACUCUGAAACACAGACACACCGACCCCUGAGGGGCUCUCCCUCACUAUGUAGGAAAUAUAUUUCCAGCCUGCUCACUCAUGGUGUUUUUAGUGUUUCAUCAUAUUGAUGAUAAGAUACGUAAGGAGGACUCUAUCCUCCUAAUCCAAAAUUCACACUGGAGAUCAAUCAAUAUGUGCAACAUUUCUCCGAAUCAACCUGCAUCGCAGUGAGGUUAUUAUUGGUGUGUUGUUACUUGAUGUAACGUAUUUAAUAUAUGAAGUUAAACUUGUUCUAAAGUUUAAGAGG